AGAGCAGCUUAGUGACGAUUUGACAGCCAGUCUACAAAUCUAGAGAAAUGAAGAUGCAAUCUUGCUUCUUGGUCGCAGUGGCUCUUAUUCUUGGAACCGUAUGCUCAGAAGUGUUAGCUCAACAUUUUAAUGCAAAUAAGCCAGAUGAGUGUUGCUUCAACUUCCAGCAAAGACCAGUUCCGAGGAACUUUUUUGUCGGUUAUAUGAACCUUCGAGAUGACUGUCCAAACCUGGGUGUAAUACUUGUUGCUGAAAAUGGAAAAAGAGUGUGUGCCAAUCCAAAAUACGCUUGGGUCAAGAGGCACAUGAAUUACUUUGAUCAGCAAGCAGCCAAAGAAAGUGAAGAGACACCAAAAUGAAACGAUUCCCAAGCAUCUAAUGCCUUUCCCCAAUGCCCUCUUUACUCAGCUUUCUCUUUCAAUUGUUCUGAACAAAGAAAUAUCUGAAUCUACCAAGCAUGGCAUUGUAAUACUAGACAUCUACUGUACGGUGUGGGUUACCAAACACAUGAAAAAUAUGUCUUUUACAUAACCUCUUUAUAUGUAUGUCAAUAAUUAAAAGCUAAAAUGUUUACAAAAUACUCUUGAUAAUAUAAUCAAUAUUUCUUAAGACAGCUUUUGCCAUAAGUGUGGGAGCAUUUCUGUCACUUUCUCUGAAUAAAGACCAGUAUCAUUAUGCACAGGCACAGUGUGAGUAGGAGGUGCAAAAUUCCAUCUGCAGAGUUCAUUGCGUUGCUUGAGUCUAAGAUUAUCAACACACUGUUACUACAGUCAAAGGAUAAAGUCAAAAGGUCUCUGUCCAGCCCCAUAGGAUUGGGAUUCAGAUGAAAGUAGAAAUUUGCACAACACAUAUUAAAGUAUAGAUUAUCUUACUUUGAAAAAAAUCAUCUGUUUUAAUAAAAUAUCUAAGCAUCAGUUUUAAGUGUUUUACUUACUUCUUUAUACUGUGACAUACAAAUACAGAAUUGCUACUUUUUAAAAUCAUUUCUUAUCAUGAACCAGCACUGAGGAAGCAUCUGAAAGUGUGCCACCCGUCUCUUUCUCUGUAUUUUGUUGCAACAGCGUUCCCUCUUUUAUUAUUUAUUAACUGAAUAUAUUCAAGUAUCAUAAAAUAGCCAAUACCCUCCUACCCUGGUGGAUGUAAGAGUCAGGACUUUUUAGGGUCAAACCAACUGCUGAAGAAAUUUUUGUAAAGCAGAAUGAGGAAAGGUGGGAGGCCGCCAUGAAAUAUGACUUUGCAUUUCUUGAAGAGAGAGUUCCCUUUGUUGACCAUGCAAUGAACUAUACUAAAACAGUGGAAAAUUAUGUCUGGAGAUGUAUUAUCCUCUUAAGGCAAUGGAACAGGAAUAACUUAAUCAUAUUUUUAUAUAACAUGAGUUUGUGUUUUAGGUUUAAUAUACAUGAAAGAAAUAAAAUGUAUCGCUAAAACGAUGGAGGAGUUAGGGUUCAGUAAUCUUUUAUUUUCUUCUUUUAUGUAUAUACUGUACCAUAACAUACUUUUCAAGAACUAAUAAAUAAACUUCUAGGCUUAAA